AUGAGUCCUCUCUGUUCUCUCCCCUUUGUAAGAAUGAAGUUUUCGGAGGACUGCCCCAUACAGCCCCUCAUUCCUCUAUAUUUGCUUGUGAAUGAGAUCAUCGGGGCCUUAAAGGUGUCUCUCCUCCUGUAUGGCUCCAUCAGGAUGAGGCAGCUUCUGUCCAAGGCCGUGGUGACUGACGAUGAAUAUCCCUGGAGGCAGAACUCACACAAGUAUUACAUCAUCCUCAGCCUCUUCCUUUUCCUCUGGUUCAUUCUGGCCAAUUACUGGGUCUUGUCUGAAUACCAGCCUGAUGAUCCCCCUUUCUAGCAGCCUCAGGGUUACUGUGACAAAACCCUGUACCUUUCCUUGGAUGAUCAGAGGGUGUGCAACUUGUGGAUCCCGCCCUCAUCUGUGAUGCCCAAUGCCAUUCUCAUUGUGCCCCACGUCGCCCUCUCCAUGCUGGGGCCGGGGAGCCUGCGGACGCAGACACUGGGGCAGAAACCCCUAGUCUCAGGCCACCAGAUGACUUACAGAGGCUCCGUGCUGGCGCGAGCGAGGUGUCUGAAUCUUCCUCCAACGCCUGCCAGUGCCCUGCGACUUGGGCUGCAGUUCUUGAGACUGAACGCCGGCUGUCGGCCUGCUGAUAACUUCGGGCUGUGCCGCUACAAGAUGCAGCAAGAAUAUUAA